AUGGACCCAUCGAAAGACGUACCGCCUGUUAAGGUAUUUUCCAACGUGCUUGGCUGUGUCAGUCUAGUCGCCUGGAUAUUUGUUCUGGUUCCCCAGCUCCUCGAGAACUAUCGGACAAAGAGGACCGAUGGUCUUUCAGUCGGUUUUCUGAUCAUUUGGAUCCUGGGUGACAUUGCCAACCUUUCAGGUGCUCUCGUCACAGGAAUUGCACCAAGUGCAAUCCAGCUUGCCGCCUACUUUUGCUUAUCUGAUGCCGUUUUGAUCGCACAAUACGUGUAUUAUAAUGCGGUGAACGCAGAGAGGGCCCACAGGAUGGAAGGCUCCGGUGAUCAUCAUUCAGAGACUUCUCCUCUGAUUAAUCCAAGGAGAACACAACCUGGCGGCGGUGCAUAUCACCAACGACCCGGCUCCGCGACACAAGAAGAAUCAGGUCUACAUUCUUCACUACCAACAGCUCCCCACGAACAACAUACCUCUGGUAAGAACUACUGGCUUCAGAAUGUAGUGGCCGUUGUCGCGGUGUAUUUGAUUGGCGUCUUGGUGUGGUAUGUGUCUGAUAAAGCAGGCUUAUGGAACACAGUGGAGGAACCAAAUAUGCCUACCGAGGACACACCACUGUCUAACGUCGGUAUAGCCUUGGGCUAUUUGAGUGCCGUGUUAUAUCUUUGUGCGAGAAUUCCUCAAAUACUCAAAAACCACAGACAGAAGUCGUGUGAAGGGCUUGCUAUCUUGUUGUUUAUCUUCUCGGUUACAGGAAAUCUCACUUACGGGCUGAGUAUCUCUCUUUACUCGCAGGAGUCUCAUUAUGUCAGCAACAUGAUCCCUUGGUUAGUGGGCUCACUAGGGACAAUUCUGGAAGACUUCGUGAUUUUCUAUCAGUUUCGGUUGUACUCGCCACGGCGUCGGCUGCCGACAGCUGAGGAAACUUAG